AUGAACAUCGCCUGGGAAUCAAUCAAGAAAGCCGAAGAUCCAGAACUUGGCUACGACUUGGGCUUCCUUAGACAACUCACCGAAUGUAUCGAUGAUAUUGCGGAAAGACAGACUAAGAUCAUUACUAAUGCCGGAGCGAUGAAUGCUCCAGUGCUGGCUCGUAAGGUCGAGGAACUCUGUCAAAGCCGUGGUCACGAUUUGGUAGUAGCGACGAUACUUGGCGACGAUGUAAGCCAUCUCCUGAAGAAGGGCAAGUCUGACUAUCGAGUUCUUGACUUUCCUCAUCUGGACAAUGAGGAACAGUUUCUAGAGAACUGGAAUGAUGAGCUCGAGCCUACCUGUGCCACUGCAUAUAUAGGAGCUUGGGGCAUCGUUGCAGCGCUCAAGGAGGGUGCCGAUAUCGUCAUCUGUGGUCGUGUCACAGAUGCAUCGCCAGUCAUUGGUGCUGCUGCUUGGUGGUAUGGCUGGUCUGAGCAAGCCUAUGAUCAACUCGCCGGAGCACUGGUAGCAGGUCAUCUGAUCGAAUGCGGGCCAUACGCCACAGGAGCGAACUUCUCUGGCUUCAAGGAGUUUCUUCCAGAGCUGGUAGACCUGGCUUUCCCGGUAGCAGAAAUCAUGCCAUCUGGGUCAUGCUAUAUCACUAAGCCUGACUCCAUGAAUGGCGUGGUCAACAAGUUCAACAUCACAUCUCAGCUGCUGUAUGAGCUUCAGGGACAAAUGUACCUGAACUCUGAUGUAGUAGCGGACAUUGCUAGUAUUCACAUCGAGGAUGUUGGUCGGCCAAAUUGUGUUUUGGUUUCUGUUUGCAAAGGCUCUCCACCACCUCCAACCACUAAAGUCAUGGUCGCAGCACCAGGAGGCUGGCAAGCGGAAACAACGUACUAUAUCAAUGGUCUCGACGUACAAGCCAAAGCACAGAUGAUGAAGCAACAACUCCAGAAAAUAUUCAGUGGCAGCCAGUUCUCCAAAUUCUCCGUCGAGCUUUAUGGCACUCAAGCCGACAAUCCAUCUUCGCAACAAGCAGGCACCGUAAUGCUGCGUGUAUUUGCUCAAGCGCGGCACAAAGAAGAUAUCGCAGCGGAAAAGUUCAAGAUACCACUGUAUUCGCUACGCAUGCAGAGUUAUCCAGGCUAUCACAUGAAUCUCGACUUCCGCACCAUGGACCCAAAACAGUUCUACGAGAUAUUCCCAGCGACAAUCCCUCAAGCCGCGGUUAAUCACGAAGCCAUAGUAGCUGGAAAGAGAAUCUCAAUCGCCCCACCAAAGAAGACACAGCAUUACCCUAUCCAGAGGUCUUCAUCAGAAACGACGGACCCAGUCAAUCUUGCUACCUUUGGACUCACUGAGCGUAGACCGCUAGGAAGCAUCGUGCACGCGCGCUCCGGCGACAAAGCAAACAACUCCAACGUCGGUUUCUUCGUCCGCCAUGCUGACGAGUAUUCAUGGUUGCAAUCUCUGCUUACAGUAGAGAAGUUAAAGGAGUUGCUGCAAGAAGAUUAUGCUGGACACAUGAUUGAGCGUUGCGAGUUUCCGAACAUCCUUGCGGUGCAUUUCCGCAUUAUGGACUUCCUUGAUGGCGGUAUUGCGUCGAGUGCGCGUAUUGAUGGAUUGGGCAAAGGUGUGGGCGAGUAUCUGCGCAGCAAGCAUGUGGAAGUUCCGACUAUGUUUUUGGAAAGAGGUACGAUAUGA